AUGAUGCACAGGUGCAGUAGUUCUCAAGGAAACAUGGUGAGGCCGUGUUCAUGUUGCCUGUUCCAUAGCCAAAACAACUCCUCCUCGAUGCUGAUUUCCAUGCCGAACCACAAAUCUUACGAUGAAACGGAUAUGUAUAACUCAUUCACGUCCUCUUCAUCUUCUUCGGUUGAUUGCACUCUCUCCUUGAGAACCCCUUCGACUCGUCUCUGUGAAGACGACGACAGGCGUUCACGACACGACCGCCGCUCCGGUAAUUCUUGCAUGUGGGACUUGUUGCAAAACAAGAACACGCAUGGUUAUUCGCAGCAAACGACGAAAGCUAGCCGUGGAAGCAAUGGGAACAGCGGUGGCAGCUCGGGCAAUGAUCCUCUCCUGGCUCGCCGAUGUGCUAACUGUGACACAACUUCUACACCGCUUUGGAGGAAUGGUCCAAGAGGUCCAAAGUCACUUUGCAAUGCCUGUGGAAUUCGAUUCAAAAAGGAAGAAAGGAGAGCAUCAGCAGCAAAUGCAAAUGCUUCAAUGGUGGAGCAACAAUAUCACGGAAACAACAACGAUUCAUGGACUUCAAUGCAAUGUUUCUCAACGCCGGUCAAUGAAAUCAAGUUCAUCGAAGAUGGAGAUCCCUUCCUUUCUUGGAGACUCAAUGUCACUGAUAGACCAACAAGCUUUGUUCACGACUUUACAAGAUGA